GCCCGCCGCCUAGGCCGGAGUGUCGGCUCCCGGUCUCUGUGCGGCAGUGUCCAGCUGUCGUUCUUCCGGGAGGUUGGUCUGUCCUGCCCUAGCAGAGCGGGGCUUCGGGUCUGGGCGUCUGGUGGUGUGGCGCCGGCCCCCCGGCCUCACCGCGAGGAAGGCCUAGGCCCUGGUGGCGUGAGAGGGGCAGGGAGCGCGAGGGGCCGAGGUAGUCUCAGGUUCCACCACCUCUGGCUGGAGCACUGUUCCCAAAGCAGACGUUUCCGAACGCCUGAGAUGACAUUGCUUUUCCCCGGGAGAGAGUUCCUUUGGAAGAGAGGAGCACAAAUUUGAGAAGAGUAGUAGAGAGUCAAUAAUGAUUUGCUAGAUAGUAUCUGAUUUGAUGACAUCAUAAUUAUCAACAAAUUAGGCAGAUCUCUAAGGAAUGGAGUACUGGACUGCCUUUAGUUGAGUUCACCGCGUUCCUGUCCUGCUCUCCAGGCUUUAAGCAUUAUUGGAAAUAAUUAUGAAAAAUGGAAGCACUGCUGGAAAUAGCCCUCAUUGCCGAAAACCCUCAGGUAGUGGAGAUCAGAGCAGGCCUCACUGCACGAAGGACAGCCCAUCUGGCGGUGGUGAAGGUGGAAAGGGCUACACCAAAGACCAAGUAGAUGGAGUUCUCAGCAUAAACAAAUGUAAAAAUUACUAUGAAGUACUUGGAGUUACCAAAGAUGCUGGUGAUGAAGAUUUGAAAAAAGCUUAUAGAAAGCUUGCUUUGAAGUUUCAUCCAGACAAAAACCAUGCACCUGGAGCAACAGAUGCUUUUAAAAAGAUUGGAAAUGCUUAUGCUGUUUUAAGCAAUCCAGAAAAACGAAAACAGUAUGACCUCACAGGCAAUGAAGAACAAGCGUGUAAUCACCAAAACAAUGGUAGAUUUAAUUUCCAUAGAGGUUGUGAAGCUGAUAUAACUCCAGAAGACUUGUUUAAUAUAUUCUUUGGUGGUGGAUUUCCUUCAGGUAGUGUACAUUCAUUUUCAAAUGGACGAGCUGGUUAUAGCCAUCAACAUCAGCAUCGACAUAGUGGACAUGAAAGAGAAGAAGAAAGAGGAGAUGGUGGUUUUUCUGUGUUUAUCCAGCUGAUGCCCAUUAUUGUAUUGAUCCUCGUGUCAUUAUUAAGCCAGUUGAUGGUCUCUAAUCCUCCUUAUUCCUUAUAUCCUAGAUCUGGAUCAGGACAAACUAUUAAAAUGCAGACAGAAAACUUGGGAGUCGUUUAUUAUGUCAAUAAGGACUUUAAAAAUGAAUAUAAAGGAAUGUUAUUACAAAAGGUAGAAAAGAGUGUGGAAGAAGAUUAUGUGACUAAUAUUCGAAAUAAUUGCUGGAAAGAGAGACAACAAAAAACAGAUAUGGAAUAUGCAGCAAAAGUAUAUCGUGAUGAUCGACUCCGAAGGAAGGCAGAUGCCUUGAGCAUGAACAACUGUAAAGAAUUGGAGCGGCUGACCAGUAUUUAUAAAGGAGGAUGAACUGGAAUUUUAUUUAUACCUUUUAGCAUACUCUGUUUUUUCUGUAAGUAAGUUUAGUUUCAUCAUGAGAGCUGAAGAAAAAGAUUUGAUGUUAAAAACUAAACUGAGUAGUUGGUCCCUGAAAUCUUGGACUGUUUAUGACCUACUGGCUCCUUUAAAUAGUAAGAAACUGAAAACUAAAAUUAAUAUUUUAGUUAUACUUCUGCAAUUAUUUUCACUUUAAAAGCUUAUAUGAUUCCUAACUAAAAAGGUCUUGAGAAAAGAUUAUCACACCUGUAGCAGUUUCCAGUUUUAGUGAUUCUCCUUUUUUUCUCUUGUCAUGUAAAUAUUUAUGAAAUGAUCAUUUUGUGUAUAUACAGGUUAUUGCCUUUUUAUUUAAAUUCUUGUAGUGUUUAGCUCCAUGAGACACUUGGGUUUAAAUUGAUGGAAUAAAUGUUCUAUGACAAAAUUACAUUUUCCUUGUCAGAUGUCAAAUGUGUGGAAUUUAGACAAUGAAACUUUUUCAGAAAGAAAAGAAAAAACAAAAGCUGUUUAACUUUAUGUAAAAUCUUGUAGCAUUAUCAGCUUAGAGGGAAUUGAUAUUUUUAAUAUUUCCAUUAUAUUCCAAAAUAUAUAUUGAGAUAAAUGAACUGGUGUAGAGUAUCAGUUUUUUAUUUAUUUGGUUUUAUGAAUUGCUAAGCCAUGCAUAGAAAUGAAAUGCUAUACUGAUAGAUUUUAAAGAAAAUAUGAGGAAAUGGCUAUAUGGAUAUUAAAAAAAAGGGUCUUCAACAGUAAAUUGCAGUUAUGUUAUUUGCAAUUCCAGUAAUUACAAGGCCCCCAAAUGUUCAUAUAUAUGUCUUUGAAUGCUGCUAAAAUUUGUGAAGAAGAGGACCUACCUAUUUUUGCCCCCCAUGGAAAUUUGCAGUUUCUUCUUAAUGAUCAUUUAUGCAGGAUCCAAAGGUAAAUGGGUUCUUCUACAAAUAAGUAAUAAGAAAAAUUACUACUAAAAUAAAGCUUUGUGCCUUUUAACCAGGUUGCCAACUCUUAAACAUAUAGGUAGAUCACAGCAUACUUAUUUGAUCUAUUUGGCCACAUGCAACAGUGAGCAGAAAUAUAGCAGCAGGUAGAAUAGUGAUUUAUAGCAAGUUAUCCUUACAAAAUUCUGAGCUAAAAUCUACUCACUAUUAAUUCAAUUAAUCCUGU